UGUCCUCCCUGCUCAGCACAGUGCGGGGGGCACAGAGCCAGCAGCUCACAGAGGCAGCUCCAGAGGAGAAGUUGUAUUUGCAACAGGGGAAGGAACACCUGGGCAGGAGCUGAUCUAGGAAGUGCCUGUCAUCUACAGGAACGGUGACUCCAAGGGGUGGAAGAUGCUGGAUAAGGCCACCCUGCUCCUGUUCCUGCAUUUAGUUGCAUGCUCCAUCUCCUCUCCUCUCUACCCAGCUCUCAGGUACAGUCCAGGGCCAGUUGCUGGCAAGGCCCUGAGCUUCCAGCUACAGCACAGCAGCCCACUGCAGAGCCAGAACCCCUCGGCAGAGGAACAGGAGGAGGAGGGUUUGUUAGCAGACCCCACUGAGAAAAGGAUGCAGCGCCACGCCGAUGCCAUCUUCACCGACAACUACCGCAAAUUCCUGGGGCAGAUUUCCGCCCGCAAGUUCCUGCAGACCAUCAUUGGCAAGCGGCUCGGAAGCAGCAGGAGCAGCCCAGGAGAAGGGGUGCAGGAGUUCCUGACAAGGCGCCAGUCUGACAGCAUCCUCAUGGACAGCCGCUACCACCACCAGAUGGUCCUCAGGGACUUCCUGGGAGCCAUCCUGCAGAACCAGAGGCCUCAGGACAUCGACAGCAGUCGGUUAGAAGGCUUUCCCAGCACCCUGGCCAAGCUCAUGUAAAUACUUCUCCCUUUUCCAUCUCCCCACGCUCUGAAUAAUUCAGAGCUCGUGGACCUGAUGUACAGUGAGCCCUUGACAGCAGUGAAGACGUUGCCAGAUGUGAGCAGCUGGAAACUGAUGCACACUCUCCUCAGCCGUGAUCAAAGGAGUGCAGUGCUGAUGCACUACUUCAUUCCCUUCAGUCUUGCCAAUGUAACUCCCCUCUCUAAAUACUGCUCUGUGCUGAUCAGAAAAACCCACCUCCAUGCUUUAACCUCGGGCUGCUUUACACACAGACUAAAACAACCCAUACACUUGUAAUCCUGGGGACAUUCUACCGACUAAUUAAGGCUUUCAAAUCACCAAGUGCAGCAAAAUUUCUGCCAAGUCAUCAUUCUGUUUGAGGGCCUGAUUAAUAAACAUGAGGCCACCAAAAGGCACCUUUAGGCGACUCAGUAAAUUGAUUACAGCCUCCUCCAAAUAGAUGCUGAUGGCACAACCACACACAGAGCUCGGAGCAGAGCGAGGUGAGACAUGAACCCACACGUCUCCCACCCACCAGAAACACUGCCGUGGGCUGCUGCUGCUUCACUCCCUGACACAGAGCCCUGGCAGCAAAACUGAGCUCUGAAAGCCUCAGCCACGGUUACUGCUCAGCCUCGAGGUGUUCAAACUGAAGCUACAGCUCUGCGAGAGUUCAAGGAGACCCCUGUGCAUCAGAUUGGGCUCUCACUGUGUUUAAACUCAACCUCCUGCUGAGUGCCAUCCCAUGGCUCUGAACUCCACUGUGACCAGUUACAACUGUAAAUGUUUUCAAAGGAUAAGUUAUUAACCCAGUG